AUGGGCCGAACACUUCAGAGGCGUCCUCAACCAUCCCUCUACCAUCUUCAACGCCGCCAUCGACUGCCACAAGUGGAGACCAACGCCGACCUCGACCUCCUGCCCUCCCUCCACGAAACCAUCAGGGGCGUGCGCCAUCUCUCUACCGGGAAAACGUCCGGAUCAGACGCGAUCCCAGCUGAAAUCUACAAGCACAGUGGUCGCCAACUCAUGGGUCAACUGAUGGCGCUCUUCCAGGAGAUGUGGCGUCAAGGAGAAGUCCCGCAGGAUUUUAAGGACGCCACAAUAAUCUAUCUCUACAAGCGCAAAGGGAACCGCCAAAUCUGCGACAACCACCGAGGUAUUUCUCUGCUGAACAUCGCCAGGAAGACCUUCGUUUGCAUCCUUCUUAAUCGCCUGAACAACCAUCUGGAACAGGGUCUCCUGCCAGAAAGUCAGUGCGGUCUCCGCCGUCAUCACAGCACCACCGACAGGACCUUCAACACCCGUCAACUGCAGGAGAAGUGUCAGGGGAUGAGGACCCACCUGUACUCUACAUUCGUGGAUCUGACAAAAGCCUCGUCCCCACACUGGCAACUAACACUGAACGCACUCCCGAAACCCACUACUAUGCUCCUCCUCCUCCAUCGCUUCAUAAUCUGCUGCAGCAGCUGA